CUUCUGGCACUUCGCCCCGAGCUUUCCUCGUGCACAUCCUCUCCUAUCGGAGUGGUGCCUGUCCCGUCAGUGUCGCCGCAGCGCCUCGCAGACGAGAUCUAGAGAAGCCCGCAGAGCGCAACGAGCAUCGCGAGCGACCGGACGCGCGUAUAAUAAUCGCCAGUUGCCCCGAAGAACUCACCACCCGGAUCGAUUCCGCGUGAUCGAUCUCGAGAGCGCGAUAUUUGUGGUGAAAGAACAAAAAAAUCGAACGAGUCCGUCGAGGGUGAUCAGUGUCAGUGAAUGGAUGGACCACUUCCCGGUGAUGGGAUUUUGAGAAACGUCAAGAACGAGAGAGAGAGAGAGAGAGACUCCUCGUGGACGGAGGAUGGAACGCGCGUGGAAAAGAGGAGCGAUGGAGGAUCUAGAAUGACGCGCCGCCGUCGGCCUGAAAUAACAGCGGGAAUGCGUGUACAGUGAAUCACAAGAGCUCCCGUUCGCUUUCCGGACGCGAAUCUCUUUCGACGGUGUGACUCUAUCGUAGCUUUUCUUCGCCGGUCCCAAGUUUUUUUUUCCUUCGAUCCUCCCUCGAGAUCGUGCUGCGGGUGCGUUCGAGUGAAAGAGAGAGAGAGAGAGAGACAGAGUUUUGAGUUCCUGAGAGCGGAUUGAGAAAAGCCAGAAGCGCCAGAAGCAUCUCAAAGGCAGCCAGGAGGGAGUUUUUCGAGACGCCAUCGAAGGAGUUUUCUCGGAAAGGAGAUCGCGAACCUCGCAAUACGGAAAUCAUCCAUGCCGCGAUUACAUUAACUGUACAUGCCUGGUGUCUAACGAAUCAAAAUGGCUACGAGGAUCUAUCUUAUCUUUGGAAUUCUCGUUAUCUUGAACAUCGGAUUUUCGCAAGGACGACUUAUUCGACUAGAUGCAAUUAAUUCCGAUGUUGCGAUACCCGUGGGCGAGAAGCUUUUGCUGCGUUGCCAGCGAAAUCCCGUCCAGAUAGAAUGGUACAAGGACGACGAAGCGUUGCGGUUUACCGCGAGGAUACGCAUGAUGAGGCAGUCUGUGAAGUUUAAAUAUGUCGACGUGAACGACUCAGGCGUCUACGGUUGUAGGCUAGAGUCGAACGAGACCGUCGAGUGGAGAAACGUGACCGUUCGCAUCGAGCCUCUUCAGAACGACGACGGUUUUCAGAACGAGGCCGAGGAAACUAGCGGUGUGAUGAGUGUGCUCAGACCGGAAGAAGAGAGCAACGAUCUCGAGAUGGAAACCAGAAACUUGCCUGAAACGCGAUCGUUACACCUGGACAGCGAGAAGAUGGACGCGGAUCAGGACGAGAAGGGCGAAAGUGACACGGAGGGCGAGCACAACAACACGGUACCGGAGAGCCCGCCCGUGUUCAACAAGACCGACGAGAUGCACGCGUCGGUGGUGAAGCCCGCCGGCAGUACGAUGCGAUUGAGAUGUCCGAGCACGGGCAAUCCCAGGCCAAACAUCACGUGGUUGAAGAACAACGAGGAACCCAGGCGGGACUUGGGCACCGCGAUCAGAACCAAGUGGACUUUGAGGCUGGAGGAUCUCGUUACCAAGGACAGCGGGAAUUACACGUGCAUCGUAUGCAAUCAUCUCGGAUGCAUCAACCAUACCUUCAAAGUCGAUAUAAUCGAGACAGUCAUGCAUCGACCGAUCUUGACGAGGGCGCCACGAAAUAGCACAGUGCUUAUUGGAGGCAACGCUAGUAUGAACUGCCAGGUGCUCUCCGGUGCUCAUCGUCAUCUCGAAUGGUAUCAUGGUUACCAUACUUCUCUCGACACCCUCAACAUGACCAAUCAGAGCUUGCGGGUGGAGGUCAAGGCUGGAAUGGAGACGCCGAAUCCUGAGGAAUUAAAAUUUUACAACGUCACUGAGAAAGAUGAGGGAUGGUACACGUGUAUCGCCCAAAACACUUUAGGGGAAACGUUUAGUAGCGCUUACCUACGUGUCGUCGAAACGCUGGAUGAGCAAAGAGUACCGUUAACUGCGAGGCCGCAGAUCCUUGUGAACGUUCUGGCGGCUAUUCUGUGCUUGUUCUUCGCCGUGGGAGUCGUUGUGGUGAUAUACAUCUUUCAUCGAUUGAAACGCGAGAAGAUGAAGAAGCUGCUCGCGAUAGAAACAGCGCGCGCGGCAGUCGUGACGCAGUGGACGAAGAAGGUGAUCGUGGAGAAACAGAAAUUGGUGAAUGCGCAGAAUGCGAUCGAGGAGGAGUUGCUGAUGCCGGUGGUGAAGAUCGAGAAGCAAAAGUCCACCGUCAUCGCCGAGGACAACAACAGCGACAACGUGUCCGAGUACGAGCUACCUUUGGACAGCGCAUGGGAAUUGUCGAGAGAGUACUUCACGCUGGGGAACACUCUCGGCGAAGGAGCCUUUGGCAAGGUCGUCAGAGCCGAGACAAAUACCGGCAAGUCCGGAAUACCUAGCGUCGUGGCGGUAAAAAUGUUGAAAGAGGGUCACACAGACACCGAGAUGAUGGAUUUGGUCUCCGAGAUGGAGAUGAUGAAGAUGAUCGGCAAGCACGUAAACAUCAUUAAUUUGCUGGGUGCUUGUACUCAGAACGGUCCCCUGUAUGUUGUGGUAGAGUUUGCCCCGCAUGGCAAUUUGCGGGACUUCCUCCGAGACCACAGACCUACUUCGGGAUACGAGCCCGCUAUCGGACAGGAAUCGAAGGAACGAAAGACCCUCACGCAAAAAGAUCUGGUCUCAUUCGCUUAUCAAGUAGCUCGCGGAAUGGAGUACCUGGCUAGUCGGAGGUGUAUACACAGGGACUUGGCUGCCAGGAACGUCCUUGUCAGUGAUGAAUACGUGCUGAAGAUUGCUGAUUUUGGUCUUGCCAGAGACAUUCACUGCCACGACUACUACAGGAAGACGACGGACGGACGAUUGCCGGUGAAAUGGAUGGCACCGGAGGCCCUGUUCCACCGUGUUUACACCACUCAAUCCGACGUAUGGUCGUACGGGAUUCUGUUGUGGGAGAUCAUGACACUGGGUGGCACACCUUACCCGUCCGUACCGUCGGUCGAAAAACUAUUCCAGUUACUUCGAACUGGCCAUCGAAUGGAGAAGCCGCCCUGCUGCUCGAUCGAAAUAUAUAUGCUCAUGAGAGAUUGUUGGAGUUAUCAGCCAAACGAAAGGCCGACGUUUGUCGAAUUGGUCGAGGAUCUCGAUAGAAUAUUAACGAUAACAGCGAACGAGGAAUAUCUGGAUCUCGGUCUGCCGCAAUUGACCACACCUCCAUCCAGCCAAGAGUCCAGCGAAGCGGAAGAAGAUGGCGAAGAAAAAUUUCCAUAUCUACUGUGAAUCGUAUAUUCGUCGCGGGAAAUGUCACUCGGACAUCGCUUACUUAGACGAGAUAAUUCGAACGAUUCACGAAUAAAGUGGUGAGAGUGGAUCAAAUGUGACAAUGAAAAUAAAGAGACAAGAAGAGUGCGAACGUGAGAGAUCAUACGCAAAGUAUAAUCGACUGAAAUAAGUGAACACGCCAAAUAAUAUAAAUCAGUAUUGAUCUAUGUAUCUGUACGUAGAAUUAAGGAAACGGAGAGCGGAACAAAAGCGUACAUCAACAAUAUCAGUAGAUACAAACGCGCGCGUAUACAUACGAGAUUGAACAUCCUACAUUUACUAUUUUUCUAUGAGGAUUGAUACAUAUGUUACGGUACGUUUAGCAUUAAGACAAAAAAGGAACAAAGUCGAGAGCAUUCUGCGAAAAUUAAGAGGAGACUGUCUUUUAAGCGCUAAUACAAAGCGAAUUCGUAUAUCGUCUACACUGUAAAAAAAUAUGCAAUAUAUUACAUCAAAAUAUGUAAAAUUAC